GCGGGUUUCUCUGCGGCUCAUAACACUCGAAAAAAUAAGCAUUUCCUUUGCAAACUAGCGCAAGGCCAGGGAUUUGACUUCGGCCAAAGUUAUUUCAAUUAAGUAUUCGAUCUAUUUGAUUCAAUUUUUAUAAAUAGAGCAAAAUGAGUAUUCUCUCUAUCAAAGAAUUAAAAAGACUUAUUCAUCCACAUCAUAUUCUUAAUGUUGUAUUGGCUGUUACGUAUGUGUUCACCAAACUUGUACAACCAUUCUGCUCUAUAUUAUACCCAAAAUCUGGGUGCGAACUUGAGUUCAAAGAAACAGAAAUACUUAUAUUCCUUGCUGUCAUUGUAUUUUUAAGAACUAAAAAGAGAGGUGCUGUUCAAAUGAUUCCGUAUUUGUCUUCUUUUUGCAUGUAUGCUAAAUUGGCAAAUAUAGCUCUCUUUUUUUACACUGACCCCCGCUUUGGAGUUAUUUAUUCAGUUCUAUGUCUAGUUCAUCUUUUGCUUUUGCCAGAGCCUACAUAUGAAGGACCAGAAAAUGUAGUCUAUUUUACUGGACCCAAUUUAGAGGAUGAACUGAAAAGGGAUACAAGAGUUACAUGGUUAGUAACAUUCUACACUGUAUGGAAUUCCAACUGUGUGAAUUUUGCACCUGUUUUUGCUGAAAUGUCUGUCAAAUAUGGACUUGAUAAUUUAAAGUUUGGAAAAUUAGAUGCCACUAGAUUCCCUGAAGUAGCUGAAAAAUUCCACGUGAGUACAUCUGCCUUUUCAAAACAACUUCCGACUGUUAUUCUUUUCCAAAAAGGCAAAGAAGUGUGCCGUAGACCAACUGUGGAUGCUAACUACAAACUGAUAAAGUUUUUCUUUUCCGAGGAAAAUGUUACUGCUGGCUUUAAUUUAAAUAAUUUGUAUCAGGAAUGUAAAGCUAAUCCUAUCAGGAAACCCAAAAAAGAAGAUGAUCACUCUAAAACUGAUUAGUUUUAUUAUUCUAAUUGUAUCAGACUUGUCUUUCAUCUGUGAAACAGAGUGACUAUGAAAGAUGAAGAAAGCAGAAACAUGUCUUUUUCUUAAAUGGAUUCAGUUCAACUAUUCAUCUGUAUGAUUUGCAAAGAAGGUAUAUCCUCAUUUUACACCUGUAGUUCACUUAACAAAUUGAUUGUGAGAACUUACUCUCUUUUUCUAUUUGUAUGUUUGUCUUACUUUGAUAACUUUUUUCUAUUAUGAAUCUCAAACUCUUAUGUGCAAUAAAUAUUAUCAUUCUUUUGUCAACAAAAAAAUUAUGUGUAUUUAUACUUAAUAAUUUUAAAUAAAAAAUAUAUAUUACAACAAA